UUGAAACGUUUUAAAUAUUCUUGCUAUUUAAAACCCAAACCCAUAAUAUGCUCAUUGUCUAAAGUCUCCAAACUGCAUUAGUUGAAAUUUUUUGAAUCGCCCUGCGUUUUGAGUCUUCAAAUACUAGUCGGUUAUAUACAAACAGAGCAUGAAAGCUGGAGAAUGAAGUUGAGAUGUUGUUCAAUACUUGUACUAGUACGUAGAUUUCAUUCUCAAGAAUUGCCAAAUACCUCAAAAAUUCUCUCCCACCAGCGGCUUCUCACCCUCCUCUCUUCGUGCAAAGACCUGUGCUCUCUUCUCCAACUUCACGCUCGUCUAAUCACCUCUGGCUUUACUUUCAACACUUCCACCUCUACCCUUCUCAUCAAUUUGUACUCUUCCUUCCAAAAAUGCGCCUUUUCCCGCUCCCUCUUCGAUUCUUUACCCAACCCACCUGUCAUUAUCUGGAAUUCAAUGAUCAGAACUUACGUCAGAGUCAAUCAGCACGAAGAAGCUCUCAAACUGUACGUUUCAAUGUUGGAAAAGUCUAUUCAGCCGGAUAAGUAUACCUUCACUUUUGUGCUGAAAGCUUGCACUGCUAUGUCUGAUUUUGAACGCAGUAUCUUGAUUCAUGAAGAGAUAGUUCGUAGGAAUCUGGAAACUGAUGUCUUCAUUGGGACUGGGCUUAUAUAUAUGUAUAGUAAAAUGGGUGAUUUGGAGAGCGCAAGGAUGGUGUUUGAUCAAAUGCCUGACAAAGACGUUGUAGCUUGGAAUGCAAUGAUUUCUGGGCUUGCACAGAGUGCAGAGCCGGUUAAGGCUGUUGACCUUUUCAAGGACAUGCAAUUUAUUUUUAGGAUUAAUCCUAAUUCAGUGACAUUAUUAAAUUUGCUCCCUGCAGUUUGUAAAUUAAUGGAUAUGAGAGCAUGUAGGUGUAUACAUGCUUAUGUAUAUAGGAGAGCAUUUCCGGUUUCAGUUCAUAAUGCUUUGAUUGAUACAUACUCAAAAUGUAAUCAUCCCAAUCUUGCUCACCGAAUUUUUCUUGAGCUAAGGGGGAAAGAUGAUGUUUCAUGGGGUACAAUGAUGGCAGGUUUUGCAUAUAAUGGGAACUUUCAUGAGGUUUUGGAAAUGUUUGAUUCCAUAAAGAAAACGGGCUUGAAGAUCAGCAAAGUAUCAGCUGUAAGUGCAUUGCUUGCGACCGGUGAAAUUGGCGAUUUAGGGAGAGGGAAAGAAAUUCAUGAAUAUGCAAUCCAAGAAAUGAUUGAUUCCGACAUUAUGGUUGCUACUUCAUUGAUGACAAUGUAUGCAAAGUGUGGAUUGCUAGACAAGGCUAGAGAUCUGUUUUGGGGAAUUAACGGAAGAGAUUUGGUUGCUUGGUCCGCAGCAAUAGCUGCUUUCUCACAAUCAGGAUAUCCUCAAGAGGCACUCUCUCUGUUUCGAGAUAUGCAGAAUGUGUAUUCACAGCCAAAUAAUGUUACUCUGGUGAGUGUUAUCCCAGCCUGUGCAGAGCUAAGAGCAGUGAGAUUAGGAAAGAGCGUCCACUGCCAUGCCGUCAAAGCCAGCAUCGAUUCUGAUAUUUCAACGGGAACUGCCUUGGUUUCCAUGUAUGCUAAGUGCAACCUAUUUAAUUUGGCACUUAAUUUGUUCAAUAAGAUGCCACUGGUUGAGGUAGUAACAUGGAAUGCUCUGAUAAAUGGGUAUGCUCAGAUUGGUGACUGUUAUAAUGCAUUAGAGAUGUUUUCUCGAUUAAGGUUAACUGGAUUACACCCAGACCCCGGGACAAUGGUUGGUGCGCUUCCAGCUUGUGCCCUUCUAGGUGAUGUACGCUUGGGAGGAUGCCUUCAUUGUCAAAUUAUCAGAUACGGGUUUGAGUCAGACUGUCAUGUGAAGAAUGCUCUAAUUGACUUGUAUGCCAAAUGUGGAAGUUUGACUUUGGCUGAAUUCCUGUUCAACAAAAAUGAUUUCUCUAAGGAUGAGGUGUCCUGGAACACAAUGAUAGCAGGAUACAUGCACAAUGGACUUGCCAAGAUAGCCCUUGCCGCAUUCCAUUCCAUGAAGUUCGAAUCAUUUCGGCCCAAUGUGGUCACAAUUGUGAGCAUCCUGCCUGCGGUGUCACAUUUGACAUGUUUGAGAGAGGGCAUGACUAUACAUUCCUACAUAAUUAAGAGUGGCUUUCAGUCUCAUAAGCUUGUAGGGAACAGUCUUAUCGAUAUGUAUGCCAAAUGUGGUCAACUUGACCUUUCGGAGCGUAUAUUUGAGGAGAUGAAGAACACUGACACUGUUUCUUGGAAUGCUUUACUUACAGCAUAUUCUAUGCAUGGGGAAGGCGAUCGUGCUCUUUCUGUUUUCUCUCUAAUGGAAAAUAGGGACAUUGAAGUUGAUGCUAUAUCCUUCCUUAGUGUCUUGUCUGCCUGCAGACAUGCAGGCUUGGUUGAAGAAGGAAGGAAAAUAUUUCACCACAUGCGUGACAAAUACCACAUCGAGCCAGAUGUGGAACACUAUGCCUGUAUGGUAGACUUGUUAGGCCGUGCUGGCUUGUUUUAUGAAAUUAUGGAUCUGCUUAAGACAAUGCCUAUGGAGCCAGAUGGUGGAGUUUGGGGAGCCUUGUUGGAUGCAUCUAGAAUGCAUUCUAAUAUCGAGUUAGCAGAGGUUGCUUUGAAGCAUCUUGUCAAGCUUGAGCAAGGAAACCCAGCUCAUUAUGUGGUAUUAUCAAGCUUGUAUUCUCAAUCUGGUAGGUGGAAUGAUGCAGGACAUACUAGAGUAAAGAUGAAUGAAACUGGAUUGAGAAAGACACCAGGCUGUAGCUGGGUUGAGGUGAAGAGGGGGAUAUGAAUUUUGUGUAGGUGCAAUAGAGAGAGCCAUUGGUGUUUCUCUUUGAUGAACUAGUCUAAGGGUGGCAAUCCAACUGCUGAAAAAUCUCCAUAAUUUUGCUGGGUACUUAGUGCCACACAUCUUCAAGGUUGAUCUCCAAUAUCAGCAAAAUUUAGCCAGCUUCAAGCUCCACCUAUAAAUUCUAGGAUCUACAACUGAUAUUCAAGGCCCCAUGAUGGUGGCGGGAAACAGAACGUGCUUCACAAAAUUCAUGUUCUUAGAUGAAAAUGUAAACGGUGAAACAUGUCUUAUACUGGAAGCCCAUCAUAUGGGAUUAACUUUUGCUUGGCAUUUUGUGCCUAUUGUAUAAAAUUCGCUUAUUUGUUUUUGGUACAAACCAGAUUUAUAGGUCAAACCUAUCUAUACAAGCUAUCUUCAUAUCUGCCAGGUAGGUUAAAAAUGCUUUCCAUUUAUGUGCUAUAAGUUGUUGGCAGCUUUAUUUAAGAUGUGCAGAAUCUCUGAAGAGAUUUCAUCUGUGAGUAGCUGGAAUAGUCUAAAGUUGGGGUUGGGGGGAGUUGUAUUUUUAGGCAAAGUUGGAACAGAAUAUUGAUUUUUACCCAGUGCAGAGUCUGGGAACAGAUUCCAUUGUCUCAUGAGCUGUUAGCAAAAAAUAUUUUGGUUUACCUGAGUUGGUGUUUGGUGAUACUUUUACUGGGCUAUUGAACAUGA